CCAUGCAACUCCCGGAACUUCCGGCGAGAAAUGAAACGGAAGUAGGUACGUGGCUGCUCCAGCUGACACUCAGCAUGAUGGCGAUGGAGGUGCAAAGCUCCGAGCCUAGCGGUGGCAGCUCCAGCAGGCUAGAAGUUUCUAUUGACGGGCUGACUCUUAGCCCCGAUCCGGAGGGGGAACAGGAACAAAAUGAGAGACUGGGGCCCCAGCGACAGGAACAGAGCAAAGAUGGGAAGAGUCCAUCUGAGGAAGAAGAUGGGCAAGAGGGCGAUACUGCCAAUUCCAUGGAAAGGAAGUGGGGUUUUCCUCUCCAGGAGCUCUAUGGCCUGGCUCUGAAAUUCUUUAAAGACAAAGAUGGCAAAGCCUUCCACCCAACAUAUGAAGAGAAACUACGCCUUGUUGCUCUCCAUAAACAGGUUUUACUUGGCCCGUAUAAUCCAGAUGCCUGUCCAGAGGUUGGAUUUUUUGAUGUCCUUGGAAAUGACAGAAGGAAGGAGUGGGCAGCAUUAGGGAACAUGUCAAAAGAAGAUGCUAUGGUGGAAUUUGUAAAGUUGCUGAACAAAUGUUGUAAUUUAUUUGCACCCUACGUUACAUCUCACAAGAUAGAGAAGGAAGAGCAGGAAAGGAAAAGGAGGGAGGAGGAGCAGCGGCGGCGGCUGGAGGAGGAGGAGAGGGAGCGGCGGCGCCAGGAGGAGGAGAGGCGCCGCAGGGAGGAGGAGGAGAGAGUGCGCAGGGAGGAGGAGGAGCGCCGGCAGAUCGAAGAAGAGAGGCUGCGCAUGGAACAGCAGAAGCAGCAGAUCAUGGCAGCUCUGAAUGCUCAGACAGCAGUUCAGUUCCAGCAGUAUGCUGCCCAGCAGUACCCAGGCAACCUGGAGCAGCAGCAGAUCCUCAUUCGCCAACUACAGGAGCAGCACUACCAGCAGUACAUGCAGCAGUUGUACCAGGUGCAGCUGGCACAGCAGCAGGCGGCUCUGCAGAAGCAGCAGGAGGCGGCGAUAGUGUCGUCCACGAUGGCGGCGAAGGUCAGUGCUGCCUCCCCUGGUGAGAGCCCUGCACUCAACGGACAGCCCAACGCUCAUACAGACAGUCUGGACAAGGAGCCGGAGCUGGAGCCUGCAGAAGAGCUCACCGAAAAUGGACCAAAAGAUACUACACCUGUGAUCGCUGCACCCUCCAUGUGGACACGGCCACAGAUCAAGGAUUUCAAAGAGAAGAUCAGGCAGGACGCUGACUCUGUCAUCACAGUGGGCCGUGGGGAGGUGGUGACCGUGCGUGUGCCGACUCACGAGGAGGGUUCCUAUCUCUUCUGGGAGUUUGCCACUGAUCACUACGAUAUUGGCUUUGGAGUGUACUUUGAAUGGACAGAUUCUCCAAACACUGCUGUCAGCGUCCACGUCAGCGAGUCCAGUGAAGACGAAGAGGAUGAAGAAGAAACCCAGAGUGAAGAAGAAAAAGCCAAAAAGAACAACAGUAAGCCUCAGGUGGAUGAGAUUGUGCCGGUCUACAGGAGAGACUGCCAUGAAGAGGUCUAUGCAGGCAGUCACCAGUACCCAGGGAGAGGAGUGUACCUUCUCAAAUUUGACAAUUCGUACUCAUUAUGGAGAUCAAAAACCGUCUACUACAGAGUUUACUACACUAGAUAAAAUCCUUUGCCGGAAACUGGGGGUGUGCAGGUUGGAACGUGGAGUGGCUUUGUUUUCUCUUGGGGAAUUGUAAAAUCUACCUUGGCGUGGAAGCUGGGUGCAGAUCAUACAGAUCUGUACCGUUCUCAUCAAUUUUUGUUUUGGAGGGCAAAUAUGUGCCACUUUUAAAGUCUUGGUUGAAGUAUGAAGUAUUAUUGGUUCCUAUUCAGCAAAACACUGCCUUGCCAUUGACCUAAGUAUUUCAGGGGUCAGGGCAAUGGGCCUAUUACAUAAGUUCCCACUUUGCUCCAAUAUAUUGCCUUACUGUUCUUCACAGAAUGUUUCAUUUCACUAAAACUAGAUUAGUGGUUAUCAACUGUUGCUAAAUAUGUACCAUUAAAUUGGAUGAAUAAGACAACAAGGAUUUUAAAAGCUUUUCUAUUGUGUACAAUAUAAAGAUUUGUCAAGCUCUAAAUAGUUAAUUGACAAUUUAAACCAGAGAAUGUAAAGCCUAAGAGACUGCUUACUUUCAAAUCCAAUGUAUGAACUAACUUCCUAACUUCACUUUGCAGCUGAUAAGAGGCAUGAUACACAAAAGGAUGGUAGUGUUGUCACACAAUUACUUUGUUUAAAACGCAUUUAUGACAAAUAAAAAGGUGUUUAUUUUGUUCUGGUAUGAAUACAUGAUUCCAGAAUGUGGCACUUAAGGCCACAUGACUACCGUCAGUUGUGAUACAUUCUCAUGAUUUUGAGAACCUUUGGUUUAAACCCUUUUCUUCUGGUGUUAAAGGGAAAGAGAAAAAUACCAGUUGUGGCCUUUUGAGGAAGGCCUUGAUAACUGAUAGUGAACUGUCUAGUGGAUAUUUUAGUUAAGUGAGCAAAUACCUUUGCAUCUGAAGGAUUCCAGUUAUCCCAUGGCAAGAACUAUUGGCAUAAGACAUAAAAGUAUAAAACAAAGCUUAAGAAGGUGUUUCUUAAAUAGACAUACAUUGUAUUAUGGUGAAUGGUUCCACUUUUACAUCAGGACUUAAGGCAGUGUUUUGUCCAGUAAACCCCAUUUUCCUCAGAUAGCUAAAGUAUAAUAAGCAUAACCUGUGAAAACUGAUAUCUAUACAACCAUUGUCCUUAAUGUGUAAAUUCCAACUAUAACAAUCUAACCAGUUCAUUGUUUUAAAGGUAUCUUUGGAAUUAAAUGUAUGCAUCUGAAUUCGAAAUGCAUUAAUAUUCCUGGGAUGGUCAAAUCUAGUCUUGGAGAGCCACACUCCAGCAGUUUUUAUAAGUCCCCCUUUAUUUUUGAGUCAUUCAUUGAAGGCAGCAGUUGGCAUUACAGAUGAUUAUUAAAUUAAAUAAAUGGCCUUUUUUAUGUUUAAAAUCUCAUCUGAUUUAGAACUUGUUGUACGGAGUAUGUGUAAAACCAGAUUCUCUCUACAAAACCAGGGGUGGUCACUCUUAUUUCAUUGUUCUACAUUCAUGUGACAUGCGAGAGACCAUUUGUUUCUCUCCAUAUUGUGCAGAAAGUGUUCUCUUUGUGAGUGCAUUAUAUUAUAAAAAUCUGCAUUUUUUCCCCCCAACUUGGAUAUGUAUUGCUUUUGAAAGCAAAUGGCAUUCAUGUUUACACAAAAUGCUCUUCAUUUAAGUAUUCUGAUUUUGGUGUAGCUAGGCCAAACCUGCUACCUUCCUCUGCUGCCCAAGGAGUCACAUAAUAUUAUAGAUAAGUCUAUAAUAUUUAGAUGCCAUUUAUAAAAAGCAGCUCGAUUUAAAACAAUAGUGCAUUGCUUAGAAGUAUAGUUUUCAUUUUUAAACAAGGUCCAUGCUGCAUAUAAGUGUACAGUAGGUAAAAAUACAGUAAUCUCAAAUAAUUGAAAAUAUUUCUUAACACUGAUUUAUAGCCAGUGUUAUAGUGGAUUGUUUUCUUUAAGUUAACCUCUGUGUUGGGAGAUUUGAAGUCUGAAACAUUAAAGACAUUACCCUGCUCAAAGCUUAGUUGUGAAAAGUCAUUUAAAUUUGGUAAUUCAAACUAUAUUAAGACCAUUUGAUAAAGGUCUUCUAGUGUAAUACCACUGACAAAACAAUCUUUAACACCAAAUAGGUAACAUAAAACCAAGUUUUGUUACACAUUACCUAAAUGUUAAUGCUGACUUCAUGAUUAAUAGGUUUCAAAGAAGAGCUGUUAUUCAAGCAAAGAACUUACAUGCGUUCCCCACAUCAAUUAAAAUGCAAAAAGAUUUCUAAUAUGUAAAGUGUUUAUAUUAUGGACUGACUGGAAAAAAAAACACUAGAUUUGUACAUCCUAUUCACCAUUUUGGUCGUUUUCAGUUCUGGUUAGUUAAUGUGAAUACAUGUGUACUGGACCCCGAGCUGCUGUUGAGACCUCUAAAACUACAAUGCUGCAGCAUCCCGUCAGUAGAGUGAGGCUAGAUGGACCUGUUUAUGCCUCCCCUUGCUCUCUGUGUCUUCAGUGAGCAAGAUUUAAAUUCUUACCCUGAAAGUGCAUUCUAUGUCUUUUGGCAUUUCUGUCUGAAGGGUUUGGCUUUACAGUCUAAUCGGUGGGGCAGUAUCAGUACUGCUGUGUGUUUGUUACCACUUGUGGACAGCUUGCCACAGCUGUGCAAAACAAAGAUGCCAUGCUUUCUUUCCAAAAUGAUAAAAAUGCUAGUACUGAAGGAAGGUAACCAACAACAGUCCUCAAAGUUAAAGAUGCAGGUUACUUAGUGAAAUUACUUUUUCGCCCACUGCACAUUCUAAUUAACCCUAACCCAUUCUAAUUAAGUAUAGUUUUUGUUCAUUUAGCUCGGUUGUACAGGUCUGUUGACAAUUCUUUCCAUGUAGAGUUUUUCCACUCUUAUUUGCAUGCUUUGUUUUACCCAGUUGCCUAGUUUUGCACACCCCCAGUUUAGUCUCAUUUUGAAACGUUUUUUUUUUGCACUUUGUGCAUUAAUCUAAAAAGCAAAACCUAAAAGAAAAUUGAGAUUAUGGUUUGCCGUUGCAAUCACAGCCAGAAACAUGGUUAGUUAUUUAAAACAUUUGAGACUCCUUACUGAAAAAAGUCUUUGAUUCUGAUGCUGAGGAAUUUGCAUUUUUUCAGGCAUAGAUAUACCAUGUAGAACAUCAGUUUUCCUAUAUAUGCCUUUCUUAAUUUUAGGUGCUAUAAGAGCUGAAUCAGUUCGACCUCAAAUGCUGUAGUUUUGCAAUUCAGUUUGGAUAUUUAAACAGGAAAUAUCCAAAGCCAAUGUUGUAGAUUUGUGACCUGUGGAAAAGGCAAUGACAUGUACAGCAGCAUCCUUAGAAAUAUAUCUUUUCAGCAAAGAGGCUAAGUUCUAGUUGCUAUAAAGAAAUGCUUCUUUUGUGAACAUUGAGGCUGUAAUUGGAAAGUUUCAUCUUAUCCAAUUUGCACUAAGCAAUCUUUAUCUUAAAAGUAAAGAACUAGAAGAAAGGUCAGACCAGAUGAGGCAGAAAAGUAUAUAGCCAUGUAACCGCUCAUUGGAAAGCUUGUAGAUCGUUCAGAUCUAACUGCUGCUGUUUGUGAAUUAUGAAAAAUAAUCACCUGGCAGCAUUUGAACAUUGAUAGAAGUUCAUAUUUAAUGAUAAAAGUGCAAACACCCAUAUAUGACCCUCUUGGGACAAGAGUAUUUGUAGAACUGCCAUGCAGCUCGUCAAUGGCGUUAUCAGUACUUAGCAAAAUAUUCUUUGUAAUCUGCUGCCUGCAUCGAGGCCUAAUGAUCGCAAAUACCGUCUUAGUUCAUCAUACUGCAUUUGAUGCUAGAACACUGAAUUUAGAAACCAAACUUUCUCGAUGUUUUCCAAAAUCAAAAAGACACAAGCAAAUUGAAGUAUCCAUUCCUUUUUGGUGCAAGAAUAACAGCGGUAUCCUCAAUUUGAUCCUGUUUCUGACUUGUGAUUUCCGGCCGAUGAUGUUGUCGCACUCUGUACAGUUUAGAUGAGCAAGCUUGUUUCAUGAUGUUUUGUUGUUCUUUGAUAUCCAUUUUGUAAAUAACAUUCUGUCCCUCUUUGCUGUGAAAAUAUUAAAUACUAGAUUACUGUAUUUUCUACAGUGGGAAAGAUAUUUAAAUUGUUUAGCAUUAUCACUGCAAUUAUGGAUACUGUCACCCUCCCAUAUUUCAACACCUUACAAACCUCAGAAUUAUUGUAAAAUGAUCUAUAGACAGAGGUUUCUGUGGCAAAAUUAAACCUUUAACUAUCAAGAACACUCAGCAUUACUUUCAAGAUUAUCCAUUUCUGCAACAUCCCAUGGGUAAGUUAGUUUAUAAAAAUGUCAUUUAAGUUUCUGAGUUUAAAAAUUGAUUCAGUUGUAGUUUGGAUUCAUACUUGCAUCCAAAAUAAGCCUGCGUGAAAUAUAGCUUUGCUGUACUUGUUUUUAUCAGUAAACCAAAACAUCCUGCAAAGAAUGAAAUUAACACAUGGAAUCUUCACAGAUACAAAAAAACCUUAUUGAUGUAGGAGCCUAUCAAAAUUAGUUAAGGCUGUAUGUUCUCUUGCAGGGGAUAAUUGUGAAUUGUCUUAACAUUUUUUUCAAAAUACUAGGAUUGUUUUUUGGUGCAGUGUUCUGGCAACACCAAUUACAUAGAAGGGAAUGUGGGCAUGUUUUCACAAUAACAUCCUCUGUAAGCAAUUUGUGGUGAAAAUGUGCAUUUAAAAACAAUCUGUUCCUUGAAAACAAUUUAUCUACAGUGUCCAUAACAUUUUUUCUCAACCAUCAUGUAUGUGGGAGUUGAAAAGUGAUGGUCUAGAUGUCAGACAGGAAAAUUGUUACAUGUCUUUUUUUUAACAAAAACCCUACACAGAUCAUUUUAAUGCUAGUAGUUAAUAUGCAUUUCUGAGUAAUCCUUCUUUUUCUUCCCCAGUGAUGAUGCUAAAUUCUGUCCUUGAUGCAGUGGGUGGGGGUAAAUGGUUAAAUAAGAUUGUAAAUUGUCCAAGGUGGAAAGGUGAAGAUAUGUAUGUAAACUGUAAAUUUAAAAUUUGAGUUCAACAUUAAAAAAAGCUCAACAAUUA